GAUGGCGGAUUCCUCGGGUCGCGGCGCCGGGAAGCCGCCUACGGGGGGUCCCAGUACUCCUGGUGGUGCUAAGAUGAAAGGAAGAAAAACACAAGGUGGACGUGUGGUUGAAUCCCGAUACUUGCAGUAUGAAAAGAAAGCCACCAAAAAGGCUCCUGCAGCAGAAGCUCUCAGGACCAGUGCGAAGAUGCCUGAACAUGGAAAGAAACCCACCCCACUGCUGAGGAGCAAAGAUAGCAGCGGGACAGGAAAAGGUGACCUUCAGUCCACACUACUUGAAGGGCACGGCACUGCCCCGCCCGACCUGGACCUCUCCGCCAUCAAUGACAAAAGUGUUCUCAGAAGGACUCCACAGUUAGAAAAAGUGAUGUCAAAGAAAACGGAUUCCUCAUCAUCGUUUUCUGCCUCUCGGAGGAAGAGCCCAGAUCUGUCCGAAGCGAUGGAAAUGAUGGAAUCCCAAACCUUGCUCAUGACGCUGCUGACUGUAAAGAUGGAAAACAGUCUUGCUCCAUUCGAGGAAGAGGCAGAAAGAAAUUUAUUAAUAAUGUGCAAAGAGAAAGAGAAGCUACAGAAAAAGGUCCAUGAGCUAAAGCGCAGGCUUCUCCUCUGUCAGAGGACGCGGGAGCUGGUUGAGAUCCUUGACGCUCAGAUAGAGAUGCUCAGUCCAUACGAGGCCUUGGCCCAGCGCUUCAAAGAACAGUACAAGACACUUGCCACAGCCCUGGACACCACGAGGCAUGAGCUGCCCGUGAAUUCUAUCCACCUGGAUGGCGAUGGAGCUCGGUUCUUAGAUGGUCUACAGCAGGAAUUGAUGACCACUCGACACCUGCUGGGAGAACUCGGCAUGGGCAGCUCAGAAGAAAAUGGGAAGGUGUUAGAACUGCUGAAUGAGCUCAAGGAAACCACGCAAGUAAAGGACCUUGAGCUUCGAAGGAGCUUUGCCCAGGUGCUGGAGCUGUCUGCUGAGGUGAGCAAAGAGGCAGCCUUGAGCAGCCAGGAGGCCUGGGAGGAGGCCCAGGGCCCCACUGCUGCCCACCAGUGGUACUUCGGUCCAGAAGGCGCCUGCAGGGAACCUCCAAAUGACUCGAAGAGCCCACUCUUCUCCUGGGACAGCGAGCAGACAUGUGCACCCUGAAUCCGCACAACGCAGUCCAAGUGGAAUCUUCUCGUAACUUCAGGACAGAAACACAACAGGCUGUGUGUUCAGGGUGUUUGUGCCGUGGGGGUUCACGUGUGGUAUUCCAGAAACUGAGCACUUUAUGCACUUAGCAGCAAAACUACUUUUGUAUGGUGGUCUUGUUUGAUAUUUAAAAAAUAAAACUUGCCGUUGGGCCUUGGUUUCAU